AUGAGGUACCAGACGAGCAUGGACAUGGAUGGCUACCAGUAUGACACCGUGAACUACACCUAUGAUUAUGGCCAAUUGGAUGAAGAACCAGUCCUUAAGCACCAGUCAACCUGCUUCAGAGAAACCCUGUGUGUGUCUCUGCUCAUAGUAAACCUGCUCAUUUUUCUUCUGGGCUUCUUUGGGAAUGCACUGGUGAUUUGGAUCGCUGGUUUCAGGAUGAAAAAGUCAGUGAAUACCACAUGGUACCUCAGCCUGGCCAUCUCUGACUUCAUCUUCUGCGCCUGCCUGCCCAUAAGCAUCGCCAACAUGGUCAUGGACGAAUGGGUUUUCGGUCUAUUCAUGUGCAAAGUGACAUCCUCUGUAAUGUUUGUCAAUAUGUUCGGCAGCAUCUUCUUACUUGUCAUAAUCAGUGCUGACCGCUGUGUCUCUGUCAUGUUCCCUGUUUGGGCACAGAAUCACCGCUCAGUGAAAAUGGCUUCUGUUGUCGUUGGGGUGGCCUGGGUUUUGUCGGUUUCGCUCAGUGUGCCUUCAGCUAUAUACCGACAAGUGGGUAUUCGUUUCGGUCAGACAAUAUGCUUCAACUCGUACCCCCCUCAUGGCCACCAGACAGUGGCCAUCACACGUUUUCUCGCUGGUUUUCUUGGGCCUUUCCUUAUCAUCAUAGUGUGCUACUCGGUCAUAAUACUCAAGCUAAGGAACAACAAGAUGGCCAAGUCUUCCAAACCAUUCAAAGUCAUGACAGCUUUAGUAGCAGCUUUCUUCUCUUGCUGGUUGCCGUAUCAUGUCUUUGUCCUGUUGGAGCUGAACCUUCACACUGGGAACCAUACUGUGCUUGUGACUGGGCUCCAGGUGGGCACUUCAGUCGCAGCGGCCAAUAGUUUUCUCAACCCGGUGCUGUACGUGUUCAUGGGGAAUGACUUCAGGCAGACAUUCAGAAGCUCGCUAUUGAGGAAGAUGGAAAAUGCAAUGGGUGAAGAAGGCCGCACCACCAGCCGGUACCUGUCCCGCUCCAGCUCCAUGGACAUGCGGGCCUCCACUCACAUAUAG